CACCACCAAGAGAAACAAACAAGCCACACACUAGCUUUUUUCUGCAAUAUUUUCCAAAGUUUGGUGAUUUCGAUUGCUCCGCUCCACCAAAAUCCUCACGGAUCACUUUGCAUUAUCCUGGUCAUAAUUCGUUCAUUCACCAAAAACCCAUCUUCAGGGGAGCAGCACAAACAGGGGAAUCGGCAGAAAGCUCAACAAAUCCGCCGUUUUCUGAAAGGAUGGGAGUAACCUUAUUUUCCGUAUCCACUUUCCCCUUGAGAUGCAGCGGUAGCAGCUUCCCGCGACAAUCAAUUCCUCGCCGUCAUUUGCUCGCCAAAGCAACUCCCGAAGUCUCCCAUGAAAGCAGCAACUUUAAAGAUGGGAAAUUGGAUGAUGGGUUUCUUACUAGAAGGUCGGUCGUGGGAUAUGGGGUUUCCUUACUGUCGUCCUCUACAGUGUUGGGAGUUACUGGAGAAGGAAUGGCAGUUGUGAAGCAGGGUCUUUUGGCUGGGAGGGUACCUGGAUUAUCUGACCCAGAUGAACAAGGUUGGAGGACAUACAGAAGGCCGGAUGAGAAGUCAGGAGGGCACGGUGUUGGAUGGAGUCCAAUCAUCCCAUAUGCUUUCUCAGUGCCUCAAGGUUGGGAAGAGGUUCCAGUCUCAAUUGCUGAUCUUGAAGGGACUGAGAUCGAUUUGAGAUUCGCCAACUCCAAGGAAGGACGACUGUCUGUCAUUGUUGCACCAGUUCUUAGAUUUGCAGACUAUCUGGGUGAAGAUGCUAGAAUCGAACAGAUCGGGCCUCCGGAUAGAGUGAUAAGCGCAUUCGGACCUGAAGUGAUUGGGGAGAAUGUAGAAGGGAAGGUAUUAAGCAUGAAUGUAGCAGAACAUGGUGGAAGAACAUACUACCAGUUCGAGCUUGAGCCGCCUCAUGCACUCAUCACAGCAACUGCUGCAGGAAACCGCCUUUACUUGUUCAAUGUCACUGCAAAUGGUCUUCAAUGGAAGAGACAUUACCCGGAGUUGAAGAAGAUAGCUGACUCCUUUCGUGUUGUCUAGUCAGUAGCUUGUUAGAUCUUCGUACAAAGAGAAGAAGAGUGCGAAAGAGUACUUCGAAUCUCUUAGUGUUCUCGUCAUGGAAACAAUUGAGAGGCCAGAAUAUACGGUGCUUAGUAAAGAGUAUGCAAGUUGAGAUACUAUCUGUUACUACAUACUAGCAAUCCUCUUCAUGGCAACUUUGUAGCAAGACAAGGUUUUCAAAGCAUGAAUGUACUAUUUUUCUUCUUGCGAUACUACGAAUGUACUGUGUAUAUAUACUAAGAUGGAUUCACUCAUUGUUCAUUCUAUAUGGAUUGGGGGAUAUGGACAUUGGUGUACAGAUAAUGCAUACAUUUCCCCAAUCAUACUUUCUAUGUAAAUGAGUGCAGCUAAGAUUGCAUUAAAAUUAUGUCGUCUCAAUUACUAAAUGAAAUCCAUUUACAAUA